GAUCCGCCGGACAACGCUCGCUACAAGCGCAGCGGCCCUAUUUACUUUAAAAAUUCUAGUUUAAAUCAUUUCAAAGUGUUGUUUUCGGGGUUUCUAAUAAUUUGAGAAUAAAGUUGAUUUUAUGGAUUAUUUAAGCAGGAUGUCGUACUUUGAGGAAUCCGCCCCGCACUCCCUGCUGGACCCCACUCCAUGUACGUACAGCAGCUCGACAAUCCGCAGAGCGUUCAUCGUGUGGCUGCACUGCGGACAGAGCAACGAAUUCAGAGACGUCUGCAAAUAUUAUCACUACCUUGAGGCUAUGGAAAACCAGCUCGCAUCCGAUGUAUGCAGUUCAAGCCGAAGCCACGAGGAGGAGCUCUUCAGACAUACGCCUCCCACUUCCCAAUACCUCAAGGAGAAUUUUCCUCGUCUAUACAGCCAGAAUUCGACCGACUACAGUUACUUAAAGACCUGGGAAACACUCAAGAACGAAACGCUAGCUAAUUUCGAUGUCACCAAAAUUAUUACUAACAAUGGUACGUCAAAACCAUACCAGUAUGUUCAAAAAAUGCAAAACAUGAAAACAAGCAGCUCGUUUCUGGACGCUCAGUACAUUGACAAUAUUUUUAUCGAUAAUCACGAAAAUGUAAAAACAGGAAGAGUCAAAAUUGUGGAAGUAACUGAAAUUGAAAACAAGACACCAAACAAAGAUAAAACUAUUAAGGAAGUGAAAAUACAACCAGGUUUUUUAAAUGAAAUUAGCGGAACAACGAAACAUGACAUAGUUGAAGUUAGUCAAAUGAUCCGGAACCAUUGCAAGAAUCAUUUGAUACCAUUGAACAAGUUCCUAAACGAAUUCAAGGAGUAUGGUGAAAGGAGCGAGUUGAAAAACACGGUUCAUAACGUAAGUUUCUAUAUUAAAAGGAAAAUGAUACACGCGGAAAUGAAAAUGAUCGCUGACCAGAAGAAUAAUUUGAAAACAUUUGAAGAUGAAUUUGAUUUAAUAUCGUUUGAAGACAUUCCAGCUAAACAACAAGAAGUUAAAGCAAACGUUGACGAUUUUAAUGAAAAUAAAAACAUAAACGAUUGUAUUGAGAAUAAGGUUGUAGAUAAUUCUACUAAAGCCAUUAAAGAUAACGUGAAUGAAAAAAAUGACGUGAAAACUGUUGCGCCGUUAAGAGCCAUUGUGAAAACAGGUGCAGUGAAAGACGAUUUUGCGACUGGAGAUACAGGCUCAGUGGCAAUUUUGAGCAGAGACGAUGGAAACACAAAGAAUGGUUCUGGAUUUUCGAAUUCAUUUGUAACUUUGGAAACAAUGAAGGGAAGAAAGAUUUGAUCUUUAACAUUGAUGUUUCAGGAAACGAAAUCACGAAAAGCUAUUGCUAAUUCAGUAUGUUUGUUUUAACUGGUUAACUGACAUUUACAUUUGUAUAGUAAAAUUUAUAAUUUGGUUAAUUUCAUUUUACAAUUUAAAAUAUACAUAGGACAUAUUUUAUCAAAGUUAGUUAAAAUUAAUCUCGACUUU